AUGGACUCGACCCUACCAACAGUCUACAAUCCUCAAGCACCUCUCCAGCCCACUACCUCCUUCCAUCCCUCCUCGACACUCGACUCUUCAACCGGCCAGUCCACCAUGGCAGCCCAGGCUCAAAGUACACUAGAGGCCGCAUCGAAUGCGACCAGGCAGGUGUUAUCUUCACCCUCGCUACAAUCUGCCAGUUCCCCGCAGACAUCUGCCCCUCCCAUGCAACCCUUGUCACAGGCAUUUGGCAACACAUCCAACCCGAGUACCCUUCCCAUCGCCCCCGCAGCCAACACCCAUGCACUAUUACCUAUGAAUGCAGCCCCCGCUCCGGCGUCCACUUCCGAUACCUAUCCUCAUCAGAUAAAUGGCCUCGGGGGUCCAACUGCCACAGCGCCCUUUCUGCAAGAUUUCAGUCUCGUCGCUGAGGCAGCCAAGCGUGCACAAAUGGGUAUUGUCAUGCGUGAUCUCGAGAGCGUAACUCUGUGA